AUGAGCCGUAAGAUAUUGAUGUUACAUGGAUUAGCUCAAUCUGGUGACUACUUCCACUCAAAGACUAAAGGAUUCAGAACAGAACUGGAAAAAUUAGGAUUUACUUUUUGUUAUGCAACUGCACCCAAUAGAUAUCCUGCAGCAGAUCUGCCUGAUUUUGAAUCUGAUGUUACAUCAGCAGAUAAUCAAAUAUUGGCGUGGCUACAAAAUGAUCCUAUUAAUAAAACAUAUUUUCUACCUCAAACAACCGUCAAUUACCUACGUGAAAUCAUUCUUAAAGAGGGACCAUUUGCUGGUAUUCUUGGAUUCAGUCAAGGUGCAGGCCUAUUGGGUUAUUUAGCUACAGAAUUUAAUCAUUUACUCAACUUAACCUUUGAGCAACAACCUAAAUUGAAAUUUAUUAUACUUGUAAGUGGGUUUAGAUUCAAGCCGGAAAUAUAUCAAAAACAAUAUGAUGAGCAUCCUAUAACUAUUCCAUCUUUACAUGUUCAAGGUGAAUUAGAUACUGUAUCUGCACCAGAAAAGGUACAAGCCUUAUUAGGAUGUUGUAAAGAGGGAACCAAAACUCAUUUAAUGCAUUCAGGUGGCCAUUUUGUACCCAAUUCAAGAGGUUUCUUGAAGAAAGUUAUUGCGUGGUUAAAAAGUGUUGAUUCGACUUUGGAAUAA